AUGAUCCCAGGCGACAAGUACAAACCCUACAAGCCUAUCGACCUCCCCAAUCGAACAUGGCCCACAAAGACCCAGCACAAGUCUCCCAUCUGGACCUCGGUCGAUCUUCGAGAUGGCAACCAGGCUCUCAUCAACCCCAUGUCCGGUGAACAGAAGCUCAAGUUCUACCAGAAGCUCGUCCAAGUCGGUUUCAAGGAGAUCGAAGUCGCCUUCCCCUCGGCUUCCGACACCGACUUUGGCUUCGUGCGUCACAUCAUCGAGAACAACAUGAUCCCCGACGACGUAUACAUCCAAGUCCUCACCCCUGCUCGCGAAGAGCUCAUCCGACGCACGUUCGAGUCCAUCAAGGGCGCCAAGAACGUCAUCCUCCACAUGUACAACGCCUCCUCGCCCCUCUUCCGCAACGUCGUCUUCAACAACUCUCGCGAACAGACCAUCGACCUCGCCGUCAGGCACACAAAGAUCGUCCGCGAGCUCGUCGACGAAUACUCCAAACCCGAGAACGGAGGCACCAACUUCAAGUACGAGUACUCGCCCGAGACCUUCACCCAGACCGAGAUGGAUUUCGCCGUCGAGAUCUGCGAGGCAGUACGCACCGCUUGGGGCAAAGCAUCUCACGCCAACCCCAUCAUCUUCAACCUCCCCGCAACCGUCGAGGUGGGUCCUCCCAACCACUAUGCGGAUCAGAUCGAGUACUUUUGCACCAACAUCACCGACCGCAGCUCGGUCAUCGUCUCGCUCCACCCGCACAACGAUCGUGGAUGUGCGGUAGCCGCCACCGAGCUCGGCAUGCUCGCCGGCGGUGACCGGGUCGAAGGCUGUCUGUUUGGAAACGGCGAGCGUACGGGUAAUGUGGAUAUCGUCACCCUGGCGCUUAACCUGUUUUCGCAGGGCAUCCAGCCAGGCGAGCUGGAUCUUUCCGACAUUCAGUCUGUCGUCGACGUCGUCAGCGGAUGCAACGACAUCCCCGUCCACCCACGUCACCCUUACGCCGGCGAUCUCGUCUUCACCGCCUUCUCCGGCUCGCACCAGGACGCCAUCAAGAAGGGCUUCGCAGCGCAGGCGAAACGCAUCGCCGAAGGCGACAACACGUGGGAGAUCCCCUACCUUCCCAUCGACCCGAUCGACCUCGGAUGCACGUACGAAGCCGUCAUCCGCGUCAACUCGCAGUCGGGCAAGGGCGGUGUUGCGUACCUCGUGGCGCAGAGUUUGGGUCUCGAUCUGCCGAGGAGAAUGCAGGUGGCCUUCUACCAGGUCGUCCAGGAGGUGGCCGAUCGCACGGGCAAGGAGAUGACAACGGAGGACAUCACCAGGAUUUUCACGCAGACGUAUCACUUGUCCAGUCUGGCUUCGCUGCAAGCUGGCGUGGGGGCGGCGAGCAAGUCCGAGGCUAGGUUCACCCUCCGCGGCUACUCGCUCUCUGACGAUCUUAGCAGCAGCAUCACCAGCGACGACGGUGGCGAGCAAACUCCCAGGCAUCGAAGGUUCACUGGCAAAGUGCUCUACCAGGGCAAGACGCACGAGCUCACAGGUACCGGCAACGGCGCCCUCUCCGCGUUCCUCGAUGCGAUCGAGUCGACCUUCGGCAUCAAGGCCGAGAUCCGCGAGUACAGCGAACACUCGAUCGCCUCUGCCAAGCAGGUCGGCUCCGCAGGCGCCAGUGGAAGCAAGGCCCAGGCGGCGAGUUAUGUCGAGCUCAUCGAUCCUGUGGCCAAAGAGAGUGUGGGCGAGAAAAAGGUGCAGGGCUUCUGGGGUGUAGGUAUCGACGUGGAUAUCACCACUGCGGGAUUGAAGGCGGUGCUCUCGAGCUUGAGUAAUGUCGUCAAGCCCGAGGGGGUGAUUGAGGAUGCGGUGGAUGUUGCUGCAGGUGGCAAGUAG